AGCUACAAACAUGCUGUUAAUUUACUUAAAAUAAACGUAGAAGGCAGCACACAACAUCAAAACACGACUUACUAAAUAGUAAAAGACCAACUUUAUCCUCGACUUUUUACACUAAACGUUAAUAUAGAAAUGGAGAGGAAUGUCGGGAUAGUUUCUGCAAUUAAAGCGUUGGGGUAUCCAGAUGCUCGCUGCUUAUUGAGGUGUACUUGUGAUGAACUUCCUUGCCCGCUGCUCACCUGGCUGACAUCCCAGUUGAAGAGUUUGUGUCCGGACCUUCAAGAUUCAGGUGGGGGAAGUAGCGUCUUGCUGGUGAAAGAGCUGAGAAACAUGCUGUCAGACCUGCACUCUCCUCUCACCGGGAAGACAUCCGAGAUGCUGGAGCCCAACACCCUCAACAAAGUCACUGACUUCCUAGUAUCUGAAUUGGAAGCCGCUCAUAUAAUCAAGCACAGAGAGCUGCGUCCCCAGGAUGAAACGAGUGGCGAGGAGUCUGAAAAAGGGCAGAGGGUGGCGAAUACCACGGCGCUUUCCCAGGAAUAUGGUGACAGUGAUUCAGAUAAAUUACAAAGUUCUGCGGAGAUGCAGGCGGAAUGGAUACUGCUGCUUCAUGCGCUAAACAUGGACGCUUCCACUGCUUACCCUGAUGUGCUGCAUGAGGUGGAGUCGAGGGUCGCUCGUCUUCCUGUCGGAACCAUGUCGGAGCCUCUUCUUAACGCCAGCCUCAGCUCAGAGCAGUGGACGCGGCUCGAAAAAAUAAAUCGAGUCCUGUCCGACGACUACGGCUGCCGGCAGCAAAUGAUGAUCAAACGCUUUCAGGUUUCUCUCCAGUCGUUUGCGUGGGGAGACGAGCAGAAGGAGCGUAGUGAAGCGCUGGCAUCUGUCCCACCUCUCGAAUCGAUUGCUGUUUUGUCCCGAGUCUCCAUCCCUCUCCUAUUGGCUGCCAGAGAGGAUCAGUCUUGUAUCCAGCCCAUCAAAGCUGGAAUAACUACAAAUGUUUACAAGAAACUUAUGGGCCAAGUGCCGGACAGAGGGGGUCGACCUGGGGAAAUCGAGGCACCGAUGCCGAGCUGGGGAGAGCGACGAACAGGACAAGGAGGUGGACGCCGUCAGUGGAGAGACAAUCCAAAGAAAAAGAGAAAGGGGAAGAGGGAAUAGUGUGUAAAUGUUUACAGUUUACAGCCUAGCGGAAGUUUUCUUUUUGGGGAAAAAAAAAAGUACUCUAAAAAUGCCAGUGGAAUGCAACAAAUGAUUAUUUAUGAUUAUUUGGUAGAAAACUACCUGUUGCACUAUAUUAUGUUUUUUAAACCUUGUUGAAUCUGUAAUGUACAGGUAUAUGCUUUGUAAUCUUUUGGGAGAUAUAAAUGAAAUUGAUUAGAUUUUUCAUUCUAUUUUCACCCUUUCCAAAUGUGGCGAUUUAUUAAACAAAAAUAAUGCUG